CCUUACAUUGAGGAAUUGCAAAAUAAGCCUGCAAGCAGAGGAAGUGAAUGAAUUCAAGCGCCGUUCUUCGGCUGCCGCCUGCGUGUCCGGAGGUCGUGUGCCGUCUCCCCACAGACCACCAUGAAGGUUCAAUUUGCGCCUUUAAACAUUCCUCGAACCAGGAGGCUGCAGACCGCAGCCGUGCUGCAGUGGGUUUUCUCCUUUCUUGCGCUGGCGCAGUGCUGCUACGUGCUGUUUUUCGCCCUGAUCUUCACUCGAUUCUGGCUGAUCAGCGUCCUGUAUGCCACCUGGUGGUUUAUUGACCGCGAUACACCAUCUCAUGGGGGUAGGAGACUCCCCUUCAUGAACAAUCUGCCACUGUGGAAGUAUCUCCGGGACUACUUUCCUGUUAAGCUGGUGAAGACGGCCGACCUGGACCCGAGACUGAACUACGUGUUUGGGUUUCAUCCUCAUGGGGUGCUGGUGGCUGGGGCCUUCGUGAACUUCUGCACCCUGUCCACCGGAUUCCUGCAGCUCUUCCCCGGAAUGACGCCCUUCCUGCUCAUGCUGCCGCUGUGGUUCAGGGUGCCUUUCUUCCGGGACUACAUCCUGUCUGGAGGACUGAUCCCCUCGGACAAAGAGAGCGCCAGCUACCUGCUGCGGCGCCCGGAGGGCGGGAAUGUGGUGGUCAUCGCGGUGGGAGGGGCGCCCGAAGCCCUGGAUGCCCGGCCGGGAGCCUUCACCCUGCUGCUGGCCAACAGGAAGGGGUUUGUCAAGUUGGCGAUUGAGCACGGGGCCCCGCUCGUCCCCGUGUUCUCCUUCGGAGAGAACGAGGUGUUCGACCAGCUGGACAACCCCCGGGGCACCUGGCUGCGCUGGCUCCAGGAGCGCCUGCAGAAGAUGAUGGGCGUCUCGCUGCCGCUCUUCCACGCGCGGGGCGUCUUCCAGUACAGCUUCGGACUCAUCCCUUACAGGAAGCCCAUCUUCACCGUGGUCGGGAAGCCGAUCAAAGUAGAGAGAAACGAAAAGCCAACCGAGGAGGAAGUGGACGCACUUCAUGAGCUGUACAUCGAGGAGCUGUGCAAGCUGUUCGAGGAGCACAAGGGCAAAUACGGCGUGCCAGAGGACAAGCACCUGAGCUUCAUAUGAACCCUUUCUCACUGGAAUCCUUUCUUCAAAAGAGCAGACGUUGCAUCAUCCCCAAUCACAUGCAAAGGGGUUUUCUUGUAAAUCUUGCAAGUCUGUGUCACUCCCUGGAGGCUUAACUCGAAAUGUAUUUUUGUAUGUAACUUUUUUUUUCUGGAGUUGAAUGAAACAGACGGUUAAGUUAAUAACGUCGUUGUUUGCAGUUGCCCAGACAUUUGAGUUUCUUUGCCCUGACAUUAAGCACUUGUAAUAACACUGAGGUGUAAAUCCAAACUCAGCGGUUCAACCAAGUUCACGAGUGCCUCUAACCUAAUGAAUGACUGCAAAUGAGGCAAACAGGAGAAGCAUUUAUUUUGACCUUGGCGCCUGGCACGGGACCAGCGUGCUUUAGCCAUUGUUUAUGCGCUAACUUUGCUUAGUUUAGCCAGAAUUGGUGUCUGUGUAACAAAAUGUUGGAUAAGGUUUUUAUCAAUUUCAGGGGCAGAACUGGGAAUUAUAGUUUGUAGCUCUUGAUUAAAUGAAUAAAGUUACAAUUUACACAUGA